CUCACAUGGUAUUUGUUCUUUUCCCACUUCGUGGUUGGACAAACGUCUAUUGUGGCGCGUAGUCCAUCGCGGUGCUUCCUGUUUCACGAGGGGCACUCGCCGCCGCGUGCCGUUUUCCACUUCCCGCUUCCCGCUUCCCGUCUCUUCUUAUCCGCUUAUCGGUGGAGCGAACGGUGCAUCGGCGAAUCGUAUGGACGAUAAUCACGAGUCGACGAUGGUCCUUUCGACGUAAGGGUCGACGACGCAGGGGUAGCUCUGUGCGAUGGAUCCGGCGGUUGGUGGAGACGAGGAACGGUAGUAGAAGAAGAGGUCAGCGAUACCGUUCGCUGGUGCGAUCAAUCCUGCCGAAGGACCAGAAAUCGACAAAAGCACACGCACUGGUCGAUGUACCGAUAGAUAGCGGUCGGAACCAGCACGGAGCCAUAACUAAGCAACUAGCCAAAGGACGAACGAAAGACUGCCCUACGGUUGGACGAGUGCCGAGGAAGAAGACCAGGCGGUGGAAAGAUUGGCGAUGGAUUUCUAGCUACGAACUACAUAGAUCGCGGAAGGGAGAAUAUCGUUUGAAGAAAGAUGAAGAGCAGAAGAGACACGAAGACGGAGAGACGGUGUGGUAAAGAAGUGGGAGAGCGAGGGAACACGGUUGUGUCCGCUUUUCCAUCGUUCGUGCACGGAGGCCAAAAGCGGCGGAGGGUCGCUCAGUUUGCUUUCAGUCAUCAGCCGAGGAACGCGCGGAUAUCGAGCAGUCGCGUUCGUUGAAUCCGUGCACCGCGCAAUCACACGCUACGUACCUCCACGAGGGUGCGAUCGAUCGUUCGAUCGUAGUGAAAACGUCGCGUAUCUGGAAAAUAGGAGCUCGAUGAUGCGCGGCUACGGUGGAACUAUGGUUCUUCUGUUGCUCGCGGUCCACUGUUUGGGGACGAUCCUAGCCUCGCCAACGGGGACCAUCGAAAGGGCGAAGCUGAAUCAACGAUGUACCAGAGACCGGGAAUGCGAGUCCAGCAUCGAGAGUAGUCACUGUCAAACGGGUCUCUGUCGCUGUUUGCCCUAUUUCGCGGCGUACAACGGGACGCAUUGCCUCGAGGCGACUCUUCUCGGACAGGAGUGUAUGGUCGACGAGCAGUGCACCCUGAAAGUAGCGAAUAGCGGAUGCUUGGACGGCUUCUGCGGUUGCAGAGACGGUUUUCUUCAAUUUCGUCGGCACACGUGUCUAGGUCCGGCGAAGAUCGGUCAGGUUUGCUACGAGCACGCCCACUGUCGAUUAUGGCAGGAAAGUUCGCACUGCGAUUUUCUCAUCCCGAAUCUGUUCGGCCGAUGCCAGUGUACGGCGCCUAUGCGUCGCGAAAACGACACGUGUCGACCAGACGAUCUGGUCCGACCACCGCCGCUAUUCAGCGACGAGCAAACCACGACGGCAGUCGAGGAUCGAGAACAGACGGAAGCCGUGGAGACGAAGGAUAAGGAGACAGGAGUGCAAAUCGCUUGGCUGAAAAAUGCUACCCUACCGCAGUCCACGUUCUCGCCGAACUCCGUCGAUUCGGUCACCCAGUUCGCCGAUACGACCCAUCCGCUCUCGUCGACGGAGGACGACGCUAUAAUCGUGGAGGCUGUCAGCGAACCAGCCAACGCUGUAUGGACGUCAGCAUUGGCCACGAAGGCGGACCGACAGUCCGAGGAUGACACGGUGACCCCGGUCAGUUUGGGAUACGAUUGCGUGUCCGACUCGGAGUGUCGGCUGGCGGACCCUUACUCGAGAUGCGUGGACGGGGUGUGCGACUGUGGCUACCGGAGAGAGAACGCGAGCUGCGGCGCGAGGAACACCGGUUGCGCGGCUGGCACUUUUCAGUGUGCCAGUUCCGGCAACUGCAUCAGCUGGUUUUUCGUCUGCGACGGAAGACCGGACUGCAGCGACGGCUCGGACGAACGGUGUUCCCAGCGAGAAUUCGGCUGUCCCGAGCAGGCGUUCCGAUGCAACGGGAGCAAAGUGUGCGUGUCCAGGGCGGUGAUGUGCGACGGAAAGCAGGACUGCCCGCACGGAGAGGACGAAUCGGGCUGUAACGAUCGUCGAAGAUGCCCGGAGGGUGCGUUCAGGUGCAACAACGGUCAAUGCCUGCCAGCGUACGAGUUUUGCAACGCCGUGGUGUCUUGUCGCGACGGAAGCGACGAGCCGAGGGGAGCCUGUCGGACCAGAGCCGGAUACCGCGGCAGAGUCGGGACCAGGCAUUGUCCGUUCAGGUGCGACAACGGCAGAUGCCGAUCCGACGCGAUCGCGUGCAGCGGCCGCGACGGAUGCGGCGAUGGAUCGGACGAGAAACGCUGUUCCGUUUGCAGAUGUUCGCCGUUUCACGAUUCGUGGCAACACCACCAUCUCGGCGCCACCUCGACUGCUUUCGACGAGCAUCAUCGAGGGAGAAACGUCGUCGAGAGAUCGUCCAGUGGCCGUUGAUUUUCCACGACCGUACUAGCAUCGUCGCAACGAUUAACCAAGGACGGGAGAGUGUCCGCGACGAGGACGCUCCUCCAGCGUAAGGAACGAGGAAGAAGAGAAUCCCUUGAUCGAUACGCUUCGUCCCUUUGUAUCUUUCCGAUACGCGACACCUAAUAAACCUAACGAAAGUUGCAGAA